UCUUCUGCGGAUAAAAAAAAGAAAAACUCUCUCUCUCUCCUCUCUCUCAUCAGUCUCUCUCUCUCUCUCAAAGUAUUUUCCUCCAUUUCUUCGCGACCAUACACGAAACGCCUCUCUCUCUCUCUCUCUCUCUCAAACUUUUUUUCCCCUGAAUAUAAAAAAUCGCCGCGAUCCAGUUCGCAAUACAGGCCCCCCGAUCCAUAACAUUCGCAUUACAUUCCUUUCUGAAUUACAGACGUUUUUCUGUCGGAAAAACAUUGUCCUGUUCUCUGUCGCAGAAUCCCCGAUCGGACUCCCCAUUGAAAAUUCCUCAACCCCGAACCUUCAACAAUUCGUCGCAGGCUUCGCUUCUUAUUGAUCGAGCUGAUGGCCUAUGAACAAAACUUCCAAGACUUCCAAGAACCUAUGGCACAGUUUGAAUCUGAAGGAGAUGUUUCUCUGAAGCAAAAGUGGGAAUUAAAUUCUGCUCCAGCAACCGCUGCAGAAAAUGGGAAUGGCUGCUUUGAUUGCAAUAUAUGCUUAGACUCGGCACAUGAUCCUGUGGUCACCCUCUGUGGUCACCUCUACUGCUGGCCUUGCAUUUACAAGUGGCUCCAUGUCCAAACUACCGCCUCCUUCGAAUCAAAUGAGCCCCCCAAAUGCCCAGUCUGCAAGGCUAAGAUUUCCGAGUCAUCGUUGGUCCCGCUAUACGCGCGUGGAAAUUCUUCAUCAGAAUCCAAUUCCAAAAGGCCCCACCGUGAUGUGGUCCCACCUAGGAGGCCACCUGCUCUUGCUGUGGACACCACAGUGGCUUCCCAUCAAAACCAUCAGCUUCACGCGCAUCCUUUUCACUCACUGCCUCAGCCGUUGCAACACCAACAGUUCUUCCCUCACCCUAAUUACGGAAACUACGCUUCCAUGGCAGCUUCCAACUUUGGUGGCAUGGCAAUGACUGGCAUCUUUCCCACAGUCGGGAUGUUUGGGGAAAUGGUAUUUGCAAGGAUGUUUGGGAGCUCAGACCCGAGUUUGUUUCCUUAUCCUUACUCCAGUACUGCUUAUACUUUCAUGGGAAACGGAAGCCCUAGGUUGAGAAGGCAGGAGAUGCAGCUCGACAAAUCUCUGAACAGGGUUUGCAUCUUUCUCUUCUGUUGCUUUAUGUUGUGCCUUAUUUUGUUCUAAAUUCUUUCCAUCGGCACCAUGGGGUUGUAAAAAUUAUGGGUUUGAACUCAUGAACGGUUAGGAAUAGGUUAGGUUUAUACUACCUACUAUUUUGGUGAUUCUGAGGACAGGUAUCUUCUAUGAGAUGAUGUUCGUCUCCUGUAAAACAGAUAUUUGUAUUGAAUUACGAGUAAACAUUUUCCUUUUCGCGGUAUUUA